AUGACCAAUGCCCCCGUUCAAGAGGACGGGAAAAUAUACGGGCUGGUCAUUGAGUUGAUGGACCCCAAUACGAGGGAGGGCGCGUUGCUUGAGCUGAGCAAGAAGAGAGAGCAGUAUGAUGACCUUGCCCUUGUUCUAUGGCAUUCCUUUGGAAUCAUGCCCGCUCUUCUGCAAGAAAUUGUCUCCGUCUAUCCUUUGCUCUCACCGCCAAACCUCACCGCCCACGUCUCGAACCGCGUCUGCAACGCCCUCGCUCUUUUGCAAUGUGUUGCGUCACAUUCAGAGACCCGUCAACUUUUCUUGAAUGCCCACAUACCUCUCUUUCUAUAUCCUUUCUUGAAUACAACAUCAAAAACACGCCCCUUUGAAUACCUCCGUCUUACUUCUCUGGGAGUUAUAGGCGCGCUUGUAAAACAAAACGACAAUAAUACUGUAAUCCACUUCUUGUUAUCCACGGAAAUAAUCCCCCUCUGCCUCCGCAUCAUGGAGACUGGAUCGGAACUCUCAAAAACGGUCGCUAUCUUUAUCGUUCAAAAGAUUCUUUUGGACGAGACGGGCCUGACGUAUAUCUGCCACACGUACGAGCGGUUCUACGCCGUCGGCACCGUCCUCAGCAACAUGGUCAACCAACUCGUCGAGACGCAAGCUGUGAGGCUUUUGAAGCAUGUUGUGCGCUGUUAUCUCCGGCUGAGUGAUAACCUGCGGGCUCGUGAAGCUUUGCGGGCAUGUCUGCCGGAACCGCUGCGUGACCAGACUUUCAAUACCCUAUUGAAGGGCGACAUGGUCACCAAACGCUGCCUUACGACGCUUCUGAAUAAUCUCAACGAACCGUAACUGUGAUGAUUUCCUACCACGGACAUUAUUUGCUCGCUCACAUAUCCAACAUUUGUUAUUUUGCAUGGUAGAAAGAUUAAAGUUGUACAAUCAUCUAAAAUGUAUUAUUCGUUGUGCUGGGAGCCCACCACAUC